GAUGUUUUUGUUAUUUCGCUUCCGCCUUCAGCUUUCUCGCCGUGUCAUGUGGAUGUCAAAGACCCAAACUGACAGGCUUUGGGGUUGAAAUUUCCUCAGCUACUCUUCCAGAAAUCUCUCUCGGUGGUCUGAGGGCUCUCAGCCGCAGCAAAGACUCGUUUCAAACGGCCGGGGUCCGGUGGGAGCGAUGGCGGACGGGGAACGGUCGCCGCUGCUGUCCGAGCAACACGACGGGACCAACGGCUUCUCUCCCGGGGUCAGCUCGCAUGGAUACCCGUCAAAACCACAGAGUUUGGCGCCGUUCCCCAGCUCGGUGGUACCAGGUGAUGCUCCACCCCCCUAUUCACCACAGGGCAGCCCGGACAGCAGCAGCGCUCCGGUCAUCAGCUGCCGGGUCUGUCAGAGCGCCAUAUCUGUGGAGGGCAAGACGCACCAGCAUGUGGUGAAGUGCAGCAUCUGCAACGAAGCUACGCCGAUAAAGAACGCUCCUGUUGGAAAGAAGUAUGUCCGCUGUCCGUGUAACUGUCUGCUGAUCUGCAAAGUCACGUCGCAGAGGAUCGCCUGUCCAAGACCAUACUGUAAACGUAUCAUCAAUCUGGGACCAGUUCACAUCGGCAGUGACAGUCCUGAACCAAUACAUCCGCCCGUUGGCAUCAGGAUCAUCUGUGGACACUGCUCCAAUACAUUCCUGUGGACAGAGUUUUCAGACCGGACCUUGGCCCGAUGUCCACACUGCCGAAAAGUCUCUUCUAUUGGUCGGCGGUACCCCAGGAGGAGGAGCCUGCUGUGCUUCCUGCUUUUCGUAGUCCUUGCCGCCUCCACUGCAGGACUUAUGGCUGGUACGUGGAAGCCCGCCCAGCACGCUAAAGGGAUCUACGUUUCGUGGGUGCUGCUGAUCCUGCUCGUUCUGUUCACCAUGGCAAGAACCAUCUACUGGAGGUGUCUGAAAAUCAGCGAGCCCAUAUCCAACAUCACGUAGAGAGAGAGCGAACGAGAGAAAGGGCUUUCCAAAAUCACAGAGAAAAAGAGAGGAAGGGAGGGGUGAAGGGAACAAAAGAUACAGAAGAGGUGUGAGGAGACAAAGAGAGAGGAAGAGAUGCAGCUAACAAAUUAAAAAUGAAGCUCCACAAUAUAUGAUAACGUAUGGUACCAACUAUGACAUGGAGAUUUUUCAUUGUCUCCAAUGUCUUCUUCACCAUCACAAAUUGGGGGUGGUUGUUACACGUUUGCAAAGAGGUUGGGCAGGUGAGGGUAGUUCGAGAUGAAGACGGACAGAUGUAUAGGCUGAACAAAAGUGAGCAGGAAAAAAUGUAUUUCAAGUAUUUGUUUUUGACUCGGUAGUUUUCUUUUAUGUUGGACUAAUAUGUUGUUUCAAAGCCUGAUGGUGCUAUUUCUCAGCUGGAGCUGCCAGCAGCUGUUAUGUUCACAACAAUAAUAUUUAAACAGAUGCAUUUUAAAUGUUUGUGCCCCAAAACUAUAAGGGAUCAGAGAAAUGAAAUAAUAAUUAAAAAAGUAAUGAGAUUCAGGUAAGCUGUUACCAGUUGAGCCCGGAUUGUAUGGAUAGAUUGAGGGAUUAAUGCAGUUUAAGUUAGCUUUUAAGUUAUAUAAUCAUACCAAAUGUGGGUAACAACAAUAAUUAAUCCUAAUCAAACUGAGCAUGUUGAAGGGAUGAAACAAGAUGCUUAUUUUUUGUAUUUUAAAUGAACUUCAGUCCAACCUUUUGACUUAACUCUUCAUUCUGUGUCACUUUUGUUAUUCUCUAUGUAAAUUUAAAAAGAAAGAGUAAAGAGUUUCGUUCCAAACUGAAGUAACCCACCACUGAAUCCCACAUUACUGCUUGCAAAAUGAUAAGAACUAUAAAAUAAAAUAAAAUAAAUGACGCUCCCCUUUUAAAGGAAUAUUUUGACAUUUUGGGAAAUACGCACAUUCGCUUUCUUGCUGAGAGUUAGAUGAGAUCGAUGCCACGCUCACAUCUGUAUGGUAAAUAUGCAGCUACAGCCAGCUAGCUUAGCUUAGCAAAAAGACUGGAAACGGGGAAACAGGUCACUAAUAUUAUCUCGUUUGUUUGAAACUGAAGUGCAAAAACAACAAAUUGUGCUUUUACUGGGUGUUGUGUGGGAUUAUUUCUUGUUUGUUGGUUUUGUUACCUUUGGACAGAGCCAGGCUAGCUUUUUCCCCGUUUCCAGUCUUUAUGCUAAGCUAAGCUACCCGGCUGCUGGCUGUAGCUCCAUAUUUCAUGUUUCAAAUUUUCCAGUAAAAUAUCUGAAAAUGGGAACAGAGACCUGAAAUAAAUGGCAAAAGCAACAGUAUUUACUUUCUGCAGAGCAUUAAUUAGCAGGUGAAUUAGUGGAUGAAUCCAUAAUUAUUCACCGUAUGAAUUUCUCACUAACAAUAAAGUACUAACAACCUCUCAUUUACCACUUAAAGUCAAAUUCAUAUUUUAAUUCAAUUUAUACAAGAAACAACAUGCGUUUGUUCAUUAAAAGCUGUAAAUGUUUUGUUCAUGUAGGAAGGCCUUCCAUCAGUCUGAGGAGAGUUUAUGUUUGAAGUGUGCAAAUUUGACAAGAUAUUAUUUGAAACAUGCGUUUAGUAAGUAUAAAGAAAAUAAACGAAGGCAACAAGCAAAGACAAAAGAGGUGGAAGCUGGUAAAGAAAGAAGAUAACAUACAUAAUAUGAUGAUGGAAUAGAGGAUGUACAUGGGGACAUGUUUAAAUCAAAAGACAGGCAUUAAUUCAGAGUAAGUGUCUUUUUAAUUUUCUUUGCAAGUCUCGUAGCAUGACAGCGUUCAGAUCAUCUCACACGGAUUUUGGGGCAUUUUAUGUUUUGUUUCAUUUGAUAAUUAUUCACAUCAAAUGUUCUGGACUGACAAAAUGAUACUUUGUCCAGAGUUAAUCUUCUAACCUGGACUGGAAAUCAUACAUCAACAUAUAAGAUUUCAGAAGUGAACUCUUCUUAUUCCGCUAAAUGCUUUUUAACUAAAGUUUUACCUGUUGGAGUCACUGAUAGAAAGCACUCGAAGCACACAGAGGGAAUUAAUUAUUUAUCUUCUCUCUUUUUAAUUCACAUCCGUCUCAUUUGAAGCAAACUGAAUUGAGCUGACACACUAGUAAAACCUGUUCGUGUCUCUUUGUUGAAGUGUAAAUAUAUUCAGUGGAUGUUGAUUAUUUUGGACUGUACAGAAUUAUCAGAGCUGUUGCUUCCCCCUCGUGGCUGAUUAAUGUAAGUUCCCGCUGACUGUGAAACAUGUUGCACUACACUGUACUGAUGUACUACUACUGUAUUUUUUUGUCAAUAUUAUUCUGGUGGAUGGUUUGUUGUUGUUGUUUUUUUGUAUAUUGUGAAGCAAAGUAAUACUUUUAACAAGG